GUCAAUUGUCAACAAUUAUAAUUUGUAACCAAAAAUUGUGCAAAAUAUUAUACAAGAUUAUACAAUAAAAGGUGUUUAUCAGUGAAACUAAUAAAAUAUCAACCAGAGUCUUAUCGGCCGAUUUGACUACUUGGAAAAAAACUAAUUGGAUAUCGAAAUAACAUAAAAAUGGUUGUGUAUGGUCCUGAUGAUGUAAAAUUAGCAGAUAACACUGCGUGUGCUUCUAUAAGAGCCGAUCUUAAGAUUUGUUUAUUAAAUAGUCCUUGUUGUAAAGUGGAUAGGAAGACUCCAAGGCAAUGUUUAAAGGAAGGACAGAUUUCUGACGAAUGCCAUCAAUUGCGGCAGAUUUUUUUCGAAUGCAAGAGAUCACUGCUUGAUAACCGAAGAAGAUUUCGAGGGCUCAAAGGAUAUUAAUAAAACUAGUAGAUAAUGUAAAUAUUUAUUUUUGUUCUCUUAGUUAUGUAAUUUGUUGAAAGACUUGAAUAAACAAUUUUUAUAGUA